AUGAGCGCCGAAAGGAGGAGCAAUUGGUGUGACUUCAUCGCAACAAGACAGGUGACUUGUAACAUUCGUAAUGGAACCGAGAUGUACGUACAGCGCACAACGCCUAACUGGUGUAACUACCAACUGCGAACACUCUACGGGUCAUUUGGAAGAAAAGACUGUGACAAGUCUACUUAUAGGAUAAUGUUUCGACCUCGCUAUUACAUUGGAAUUCGUACCGUGGAAACAACUGAACGAAGGUGUUGUCCAGGAUUCAACGGACCCAACUGCGAUAGAGUGUGCUUCAAUUGUUCCCAAAUAGAAGAUCUACGGCAUAAAGUGGACCUUUUGAUAUCAGGCUCAUAUUCACCACAGAUGGACUCCGUUGUUAAUCACAUUCCGGCCAGUGCACCCCAGCCCGGCAUCCCAUCGGUCCACACAGUGACUGGUCCAGCAGGCCCUGCCGGACCCCGUGGACCUACUGGAGCCAGAGGUCUGAUGGGUCAUCCUGGGCUGCCUGGACCCAUGGGACCGAGUGGUCUACCCGGUCAGGAUGGGGCACGAGGGGCUGAUGGACGGACGGGGGAUGUUGGUCCUCGUGGACCCAUGGGACCCGCGGGACCUCCUGGUCCGGCUGCACCAGGUAUACCAGGAUCGCCGGGACCACCAGGACCAAUGGGCUCCAACGGAAAUGCGCAUGGUCUUAAUGUAUCGGCUGUUGAGCUUGAGGCUCUUUUAUUGGAGAUCGCUCAUCUAAGGGACAGAGUCUCUAUCUUAGAACACAUCAUUAUCAUACAGAAAGGCGGAAUCCCAAACAAUGAGGCAUCCAUCAACCCUCUCUUCCCAAUCAACCCCAGUACAGAUGGCUUCUUGGAGAUCCCAAACUCACCCACCGAAAUCCCUCAAGUCGACAAACCAGGCAUCCUCAUUCUUCCCUCUCAAAUAGGAGGAACAGUCGAGCCGGAUUCCGCAUCAGGGAACGGCGAUCAACAGGAUUUGAGUAUAUUUUCCGGAUUGGAUGAGGGCAUGAGUAUACACGCCUCAGAUGUUCUUGCCCUCUCUCGGGAAAAGGAGAGUGUAAUAAGGACCGGCCAGGAAAACCCACCAAAUGUCCCAUGAAAACAAAAAACUAGGGGAAAAAGACAAUAAACUAUCCAGCUUAAGACUGUGUACUAUUAUUGUGAAUGCUGCAGACAUGAAUUUGCAGAAUGAUUGAAUUGAACAAUAAGAGAAUCACAAAUAGAUCGUGUCUGGUGGAUAUCAUUUUAUAAAGUUCAAGCCUAAAACUUUGUCUCAAGAUAGAGUUUAAGACAAUCAGAUAUGUUUGUCAUGGAAGAAGAUGUUCUGCCAUUCUUUGAAGUUAUUGCUGGACUACUAUUAUUCAGUAUUACAUUGCAUGUUUUAUUUCUUUGAAGCGACCAAUGCAAUGACAAACAUAUUUCUUGCGCCAUAAUUAAAAUACUUUUUGGAUGGAUAGUAAAUCAACUAUUCAAGUAGAUAUCUAAAGUUUUAGAAGUAUAAAUACCAAAAGGAUUUCUUUCUGGUUAGUUGGUGUCAAACAAAAUAAAUCACAGUCGUUGUUUUUGACUUAAAUUAUAGCAGUAUUAUGCAAAAUGUUUUAUUUAUAUUUAAACAAACUUUUUCUUUUGCUUUUAAGAAUGCCUGGAUUUUCAACCAACUUUAGAAAUAAAGAAAUUAAAGGAAAAUUGUCAGAAGUUUGAUUAAAACUAAACUUGGUUAAUCAUUUGGCUAUAACUACCUCACAAGAAACAGCCGUCAAUUUUUGUAUGAAAAACGGACAUCACUUUUUCUCUCAUUACAGUCUGGUAACUUUUAUGGUUGAAGUGUUUGACCAAAUAAAUUAAAUGACAAUUAUUUGCUGUGCCAUCAUGGAACGAGACGAGAAAUAAACUCAAGUUUGGAAUGUUCUUCAAUGUAUGCUAAAACUUAAUACUAACUCUAAUUCUGCUCUUUAAAACUUUUGACAGUUAAUGGCAGUGGACACUAUUAGUAAUUACUAAAAAUAAUUAUUAGCAUAGAACCUUUCUUGGUGACGAGUAAU